GGGCCCCGAGGGCGCGCGCGGACGCCGGGCGCGGGUCCCGGCGGCGCCAUGCCCGAGCUGCGGCUCACCGCGGAGCCACCAGCUAUUACAGAAGAAGAAUUUGAAGAUUCUUUGGCAACAGAUGGUUUCCUUGUGGACUACUUUAAUGAAUUCCUAAGCCUUCCAACCUUUUCAGAGGCAAUUAGAUUUAAUGUGGAUUCUGCAGUUUUUGAAGUAGUUAACAAUGCUCCUCAACUCCUGGAAAUGCAACUGAAAAAAAUUCUACAAAAGCAGCAACCUCGAAAUCCCAUCUAUGAUGUUGUAAGAAAAGGAAAGAAUGAUGUUAAACCUAUGCAAUUGAAUGUCCUCUAUGAAGAUGAGACCAUUAGUGUCAACUACAACAUCAUGUGUCUCAGUCGUAAACAAGGUAUUCAGUGGAUCAAAAAGGAAAGACUUCCAGCAUUUCUGGAAAGUGAUUGCUACUUAGAAUACAGGUUAGCCAAAUUGGUCUCACAGGUAAGAUGGAGCGGAUCAGGCAUGAAUAUCACUCUAGGUUCAGAUUUUACUCCCUGGGUCCUGAGAAAACCACCCAGUCCAGCACCUCCUGCCAUUGAAGAAGACAAUGUUGCAAUUAUGAAGAAGUUCUACGUUUCUCUUGGCGAGGCCUCCUAUACUCAAACAAAAGAUUGGUUUGCAUUAGCCAAACAAAGUGAGCAAAGAGUAUCGACCUUUUCAUUGCCAUCUUGUGUACUUGACAACAAAACUGAAUCACCAGUUAUUUCAUCUGUUCCUGAGAGUUUUAUCUUUGAUGAUGGAAUUCACCCUAGGACGAAAAAGGACCCGUCUAGUACCAAUAGUUUAGUUUCUGAAUUUGAAGAAAAAGAAAGUGGAUCUAUAUCUCUACAAGAUACUCCUUCGCAAGCUCUUCUGAGAAUAUACCUUGAAAAGAAACAGGAUGCUGUGGAAAGUCUGACAUUGCAUUUCUCAACAUGGGGAGAAUUUUUAAGAUCUUAUAUAACCUUUAUUUUUAAAGUAGCAAUUCACCAACUUCUUGGAGAGCCAUUUACAGAGAGUCCAGAUAGUAUAAAUUUCUACAACACCACAGAAGUGGUGUUUGAUGGGGUUUUUGAGCCUCUACCUGGCAAGGAUGUUUUGUUAAGUGAAACAGUUCAAACCACAAGUGAAAAAUCAGAAGAGAUGUUAGAACAACCAAGUUUGCAAGGUGAGAGCAUCGGACCAGAAAGCAGGGCUCAUUGGUGUGUUUCUCACAAAACUUAUGACAUCGGCAAUAGAAAGGAGUUUGAAAGAUUUAAGAAAUUUAUAAAAGGUACAUUAGGAGAGAGAUAUUGCUUGCUAUGGAUGGAUAUUGAAAGGUUAAAAGUUCUUAAGGACCCUGGAAGACAUCAAAGACAUCUUGAGAAGAUGAAAAAAUGCUAUCUAGUGAGCAAUGGGGAUUGCUACCUUUCUGCAGAAAUCUUAUCAAAAUUUAAACUGUUGGAUGCAUCUCAGUGGAAUGAAGAACAUUUAAAAAAUAUUCAGACUGAGGUUUUAAAACCCUUACUUCUGUAUUGGGCACCAAGAUUCUGUGUUACUCAUUCAUCUUCAGCAAAAUACGCUAGUGCUGAACUGAGAUUCUGGCACCUCCGUCAAGAGAAACCAAGGAAGGAUGUUGACCCUUUUCCACAAAUGGCAACUCUCUUGCCAUUAAGACCUAAAUCUUGCAUUCCACAGAUUACUGAGAUGCAGAAAGAAGAAUCUGUUUUAUCACAACCUAAAUCUCCCAAGAAGCUACCUAGAGUAAAAACAGCAAUUCAGAAACCUUGGAAGAGCAAGUCUAUGUACCUGAUUUCUUCAAAGGAUGAUAUGAUUGAGAAAGGGUCAAGUCACAUGUCUGAAAGCAACAAAGUUAUUCGUUUGACAUCUUUUACUGACAUUUCUGAAUGCCAGAAGCCCCAGCUGGAUAGAAGAUAUACUUAUACAGAAGAACCUUUGGUUAAAACCAUGGCAGAUGGUGCCUUUGGAGGAUUUGACAUGGAAAAUUUAUUGCAAUCUUUGUAUGUAGAAAAUAGAGCUGGAUUUUUCUUUACUAAAUUCUGUGAGCAUUCAGGGAACAAGUUAUGGAAGAACAGUGUGUACUGUUGGUUUGACCUACAGGCUUAUCAUCAGCUUUUCUACCAAGAAACACUUCACCCUUUUAAAAUAUGCAAGCAAGCCCAAUAUCUUUUUGCCACAUACAUUGCUCCUUCGGCCAGUCUUGACAUUGGACUCCAACAGGAAAAGAAAAAAGAAAUUUAUAUGAAAAUACAGCCACCAUUUGAAGACCUUUUUGACACAGCAGAAGAGUAUAUUCUUCUCCUCCUUCUGGAACCUUGGGCACAGAUGGUAAAAUCAGACCAAGUUGCUUAUAAAAAGGUGGAGCUGGUGGAAGAAACUCGACAGCUAGAUUCCACAUACUUCAGAAAGCUACAGGCUUUGCAUCAAGAGACAUUUUCCAAGAAAGCUGAGGGCACUGCCUGUGAAAUUGGAACUGGUAUUUCACCACUCCCUGAUGUCUCUAAACAAACAGAAUACUGGAAUAAUGUCCCUGAAGAAUAUAGGCAUUUUAAUUUUAAUUAUCUGCUUAACAACAAACUGGAGUUUGAACAUUUCCAUCAGUUUCUUGAGGCUCAUUAUUCAAGCAUGGAUCUUAUGUGCUGGACAGACAUUGAACAGUUCCGAAGAAUAAUUUGCAGAGAUCAAAAGCAAAGGGAGGCAAAAUCUAUAAAUAUUAAAAACAAAUACCUAAAUAAAAAAUAUUUCUUCGGACCCAACAGUCCAGCUUCUCUGAAUCAGCAGAACCAGAUAAUGAAUUUAAGUGGUGGCUGGGGAAAGAUUCUCCAUGAGCAACUUGAUGCACCUGUUCUAAUUGAAAUUCAGAAACAUGUCCUAAAUAGGCUAGAAAAUGUAUGGCUGCCAUUGUUUCUUGCAAGUGAACAGUUUGCAGCACGCCAGAAGAUAAAGGUACAGAUGAGAGACAUAACUGAAGAGCUCUUACUACAGAAGCAUGAAAGGAAAGUUGGGGUCUGGAAGCCUGUGGAGAAUAAGUGGAUAUCCUCAUCUAGUGAAAUCAUUGCUUUUCGUAAAGCAUUACUGAAUCCAGUUACUGCAAGACAGUUUCAACAGUUUGUGGCUCUAAAAGGAGAUUUAUUGGAAAAUGGGGUACUCUUUUGGCAAGAAGUACAAAAAUAUAAGGACUUGUGCCAUUCUCAUUGUGAUGAGCCCAUCAUACACAAGAAGAUCAUGACUAUUAUCAACUGCUUUAUUAAUUCCAGUAUUCCACCAGCUUUACAAAUUGACAUUCCUGUAGAGCAAGCCCAGAAGAUUAUUGAACACAGGAAGGAAUUAGGACCAUAUGUAUUUAGAGAGGCACAGAUGACAAUUUUUGGGGUUCUGUUUAAAUUUUGGCCUCAGUUCUGUGAGUUUAGGAAGAACUUAACUGAUGAAAAAAUUAUGAGUGUUUUAGAGAGAAGACAAGAACAUAAUAAGCAGAAAAAGAAAUUGGCAGUCAUAGAAGAUGAAAAAUUUUCAAAGGAUGGAAUCAAACAAUAUGCAGGUACUUCAGGAUCUGCUGUCAAAACAGCUGCUUUAGUCAGUGACACAGUGUUAGACCUGCAAGCAUAUGGCCGACAGCCCACUUGGUGUUACUCAAAAUACAUAGAAGCCUUAGAACAGGAAAGGAUUCUUCUUAAAAUUCAAGAAGAACUGGAAAAAAAGUUGUUUACAGCCACACCAUCUUGUACAAACUUUAAGUCUACUGCUUCAGCUGUGCCUUUGGAAAAGACGCAAUCUUCCCACAACAUCCAUAGAAUUCUUUAAACCAAAUUUAGCUGACAUGGAAGCUCAAGUGAUUUUUUGAUAGUAUGCGUAAAGCAAGCCUACCAUCCAAAUAAAGUUUGGCUUGUUUUACUUCCAUAGUUUCAAAAUAACAACUAUUCUAUAUACAUGACAUACAAGACUAAAACUUUUCAAAACUUACUUAGAAUAAAACGACUUCUGUCUAGGUUAGAAGAAUCAAAAUAUUUUGCUUACACAGACCUUGAAGUAUAUUAUAUUCCUCAAGUAAUCUUUCAACAAAUACUCCUUGAACAUUUACUAUAUUUGGUUAGCAGAUAUAUUCAGGUGGUUAAGAGACUAAUAUUCCUAGCAGCAAAGUGACCCAGAACAUGAAGGGAAGAGCCUUCCCUACCCCACCCCUACCCCUAACUCCAAAGGAAACAUAUAUUAAAACAGUGGUUCUCAGACAUUAGGUGUGGAGUACUCACCUGUGACAUUUGCUAGCAGCUCCUAUCCCUGGGCUCACUCUCUGAGAAUCUGAUUCAGUAGCCUAGGGCAGGGCCCAGGAAUCUCCCCCCUCUUCAGAUAGUCCAAAUGAUUCUAAUGCAGGUGUUUCACAGACCACCCUUUGAGAUAUACUGUUAGGGUGGUAAGAGAAGAGCUUUAAAAGGUAAAAUUCCUCAUACUAACUGGAGUUACACCCUCCCUUCCUCUUUCUUGGAGGGAAAGGAGAAUGUGUAAGAAAUGACCUGGGUGGACGAACUUUCACCAUCUGUAGGCCUCAGGCCUCAGAAGCUCCAAGGACUAUGACCUGGAUUAUAAGACUGGAAGCACUGGACUUCCACUCUAACACAGUCCCAGGAAGUAUUUUCAGAGUAGAAGUUGCCAUUCCCGAUUCUGUAGAGUCAGACAUUUUAAAGGGGGAAAGCAUGAAGAGGCACACUUCUAAAGCAGUGGUUUUUCUUCUAAAACCGUGGUUUUCUUCUAAUGCACUUGAAGCCUGUAGUUUUCUCUGCUGCCACACUGCUCCACCCUACAUAGGGCCUAUGAAGUUUGUGACUGAUUUCCAUUCUUUGCCCUUGUUCUUUGUUUCUUUUUUUUUUUUGUAUUCCGCUCUUUCUCUGCCUUCUCUUGGUUUUAAUUGAGCAUUUUAUGUGAUUCCAUUUUCUCUCGUAGCUUAUCAGUUAUACCGCUUUUUAAAACUUUCUUAUUGGUUGCUCUAGAGUUUGCUGCAUACAUUUACAAAUAAUAAGACCCUUUCAAAUAACACUAUACCACUUCAUGGUUAGUACAGUUACCUUAUAAGAGAGUGUGUCCAAUUCCUUCAUACUGCCCCAUAUAUCCCAUUGCUAUCAAUUCAUUUCACUUAUGCAUAAGCUAUAAUCACUGAAUGCAUUAUUGCUAUUGCUAUUUUGAACAAACUGUUUUCUGUUAGGUCAGUUAAGAAUAAGAAGUAUAAAACAUUAUUUUAUGUUCAUUUAUUCCUUCUCUAAUGCUCUUCAUUAUGUAUAUCCAAGUGUCUGACCUAUAUCAUUUUCUUUCUUAAGAACUUCAUUUAACAUUUCUUGUAAGGUAGAUCUACUGGAGACCUAUUCUCUCAAUUUUUGUUUUGUUUAGAAAGUCUUAUUUCUCCUCCAAUUUUAAAGGAUAAUUUCACUGGAUACAGAAUUCUAACAUAGUGUUUUUAUACUUUCAACACUUCAGUUCUUGACUGCAUUCUCCUCUUGUUUGCAUGGUUUCUGAAGAAAAGUUGAAUGUAAUUCUGAUCUUGUCCCCCAGCAUCUUUCAAGAUUUAUCUUUAUCUUGGAUUUUCUGCAAUUCAAAUAUAUGUCCAGGUAUAGAUUUUUUGGUAUAUAUUCUGCUUGUGUUCUCUGAGCUUCCUGGAUCAAACUACUACUGCUUAGUUUGGUGUCUGUUGUUCUUUUUGGAAAACUGUCCAUCAUUAUUACUUCGGAUAUUUCCUCUGUUCCUUUCUCUUUCUUCUUCUGUUAUUUCCAUUACAUGUUACCCCUUUUGUAAUUGUUCUGCAGUUGUUAGAUAUUUUACUCGUUGUUUUUUUUUUUUCCUUUGCAUUUCAGUUUUGGAAUUUUCUACUGACCUCUCUUUAGGCUCACUGAUUCUUUCCUCAUCUGUGUCUAGUCUAUUGAUAAGCCCACAUCAAAGGCAUUCUUUAUUUCUGUUUUCAGUUUCUAGCAUUUCUUUGAUCCUUUCUUAUAAUUCCCAUUUUUCUGCUUACAUUACCCACCUAAUCUUACAUAUUGUCCACUUUUUUAUUAGAUCACUUAACAUGUUAAUAAUUUUAAAUUUUGAUCUGUUAAUUCCAAAGUCCCUGUCAUAUCUGAGUCUGUUUCUGAUGGUGCUGAUGCUUGCUUUGUCUUUUCAGAUUGUGGGGUUUUUGUUUUGUCUUUUAGCAUGCCUCAUAAUAUUUUGUUGAACAUAAGACAUAUAGCAAAUGAUAGGAACUGAUAUAUAUGGGCCUUUGGUGUGAGGUUUCAUGUUUAUCUGGCUAGGAGUUAGGCUCUAUUUACUGUUUGUUGUAACCGUGGUAUUGGAGACUGAAAUCUCCUCUGUGUUCUUGUUUUUGUCUCCAUUUUGGUUUUCCUAAAGACUCCUUAAUAGGGUCUGAGGCUUGCAGUUCUUUUAGCUGAAAUCCCAGUUACCUGUUAUGCAGGAGUACUAUUGAUUUGGUGAUGUAGUGUGGCAGGACAGCACUUAUAUGGUUGUAUUUCAGCCUUUUAGUGAGCCUGCAUGGGGUAUUUCCCUUCCUGCAGGCAGUAUAGGCUUUGGUAAAACACCAGUCUGUUAGGCUCUGGUAAAACGUUUCCCUAAAGGAGGAACAGAGAAUUCUGGAUGUAUUCUAAAAUGGUUACUUUACCCCUCCUUCUACCAGAAGCAGGAGGGGAUUUUUCUCUGGUCUUUACAGUGAGAACCUGGUGCAGCUCCUGGAAGUAAAACUCAAGAAUGUGGGGGCCCCUGCCUUAAGACAAGAUGCACUUGAAGUUUUGAAUUCUCAAGCUAGUCUACACUGAGCCUUGAGCAAUUAAUUGAUCAAAUAUAUUUAAAGUAUUCCAACUAAAACGAACUCCAGUUGCUGGCUUGUGCUCCUGGUAAGCUGUGAUUCUCUGUAUCUGUCUAUUUCUCCAGUUUUAGGACCAGCACUUUGCCCUCUUGCCUCAAAAGAGCCAAGAAAAGCUGUUGAUUUUCAGUUUGUUGAGAUUUUUCUUGUGAUGACUUCUGAUCUCUUUACAGGAUAGGAGCUCUGAAGUUUGACACCAAUAUUUUAAAGUAUUCUAGAGUAAGUUUUAUUCUUAAGAUAAAAUUAAGAAAAAUUACCUUAUUAAAGUUUUUAUUGUCACAUUAUAUGUAGUAAAUUGACGGUGAUUUUUAUAUUAUAAAUAUUUACAUGUUCACUUUUAGCCUACCCUCAAGACUUCCUAUACCAUGGGCUAGUAUCAGUUUUUGCUACUAGAGACAAGUUCUUACAUCAGUGUGCUUGUGUGCUGCUACUGAUUACUGAUUCUUAACAGUCUCUUCUGACUGUGCUUCUGCUGUGUUUCUAUUGAUUCUUCUUAACAGUCUCUUCAGUUAAUUUCCUCCUCUGUUUCCCCCCCUAUUCCAGAUUCUCACCACCUUGGAUCUAAGUCCUAAUUAGAGUCCUCCUUACUGGCCACCCUCCCACUGUCCUCAGAAUGAUCUUUAUAAAAUGUGUAGUUUCUUGUGGUGCUGCCUUGUCUAGAGAUGACUGGCAGACCCGUUUUUUGACAAAUAGAAGUUCCUUACUUAGCAUGACACAUGUAAAAUCUCUCCUGUCUUCUGAUAUAAACAUGCAGAUCAGGCUCCUCUGGGCAGCUGUCUUUGAUAGUCUUCUCUUACUUUUGAUCCCCCAAAUAGCUACAGAAGUUAUUGCUCCCUUUUCUGUCCUGCCACUGCAGUUUGUUCUGUAAUAACAUUGGUCACACUGAUUGCAAUAUUUUGUUCACAUGCCUGUUUCCCCAGUAAGCUAUUACUGAAUUUUUAUUCCAAUACAUAUAAAAUUCAUGUUCAUUAAUUACUUGUUAAAAAGAUGAAGGAAAUAUCUCCACUGUAAAAUCACAGAAAUGUAAAAGUCACUGCUCAUCUAAGAAAGUUUGUUAUAAUGCUAUUCACAAAAAAUUGCCAUUUUUUAUUUUUGUAAUUAUAAAUACCUAGUAAUGUGGCAAAUUUAUGUGAAGUGUAUAAUCUUUGUUCUAUCUGUGAUUUUUAACAUUUAUAAAAAUACACCUAUGUGUCAUCAUGUCUUUCAGAGAAGAAAUUAGUGCUUAUUAAAUCACAUUAAAUCACUUAAAUCACUUUAGGCUGGGUCUCUCAACUUAAGCAUCAUUUGUAUUUUUGGCCAGCUAACUCUUUGCUGUGGAGGGCUGUACUGCUCCCUGUUGGCUGUUUAACAGUAUCCCUGGCCUCCACCUGCUCUAUACUGGUAGCACCUCCCCAGUUGUGCCAACCCAGAAUAUCUCCAAACAUUACCAGAUCAUCCCUAGUUGAAAACCACUGAUUUAGACUUUGGAACAUUUUUAUGUUUAUUUUUUUAAAAUCUCUAAUUACAGUAGAAACUUUAAAUUCUAGUUUUCUAUUAUGUUAUUUUUAAAAAUAAAGUAUCAUACCUCCUAGCUCUAUAGUACUACCAACAGUGCCUUCUAACUGAUGACAACUUACUUAUUUCAGUGAGUAUCUAUAUUAUACCCACUUGAAUAAUUUCUCCUUUUAUAUCAUCUUUGAAAUAUAAUGCCUGAAGGAGAUGCUUAGCCAAUGUUUGUUGAAUUAAUAAUUAAGCUUAAAUUCCUUAUGUUUAAUUGAACAUGUAUUUUGGGUAGUCUUAAAAGUACCUUUAAAUCUGACUUUGGUUUGUACAAAUAAAUUUUUAAAAUUCCAGUUGUGAUAUAUGUGCUUCUUGAUUUUUAUAAAUUCUUUUAAAGAAAAUACAACCUACUUUUGGAAGAGUCUUAGGUUUUAAAAACACACACAAAUUACUAUGUAUAUUAUGUCAAUUUCUAUCCUUCAAAAUAUGGGGAAAGUGGGCUCAUAUUUUGUUUACAUUAUUGUUUGGGAUGAAUAAAUGUGUUUUGAAAUAAAUGCAAUAGUGAUGUAACCCAAAAGUAAAUUGGCCAGUUGGAUCAGAUUCAUCUUACAUAUAUAAUUUUUUAAAUAUACAUAUGUAUUAAAGGUA